ACCGUGCUUCGCCGCCGCCGCCGCCGCCGCCGCGUCAUCUCCCACCCGCGCCGCAGCUCACAGUUUCAGCGCCGCCGCCGCGUCAGUCCUCCGUGCCACUGCCAUGCGGGAGAUCGUGCACCUGCAGGCCGGCCAGUGCGGCAACCAGAUCGGGGCGAAGUUUUGGGAGGUGAUCAGUGAUGAGCAUGGCAUCGACCCGACGGGCACAUACCACGGGGACAGUGACUUGCAGCUGGAGAGGAUCAAUGUGUACUACAAUGAGGCCACAGGAGGAAAUUAUGUUCCCAGAGCCGUGCUGGUGGACCUGGAGCCCGGCACCAUGGACUCGGUCCGCUCUGGCCCCUUUGGCCAGAUCUUCCGGCCAGACAACUUUGUGUUUGGCCAGUCUGGAGCUGGCAACAACUGGGCCAAGGGCCACUACACGGAGGGCGCCGAGCUGGUGGACGCCGUCCUGGACGUGGUCCGGAAGGAGGCAGAGAGCUGCGACUGCCUGCAGGGCUUCCAGCUGACCCACUCGCUGGGCGGGGGCACCGGGUCCGGGAUGGGCACGCUGCUCAUCAGCAAGAUCCGCGAGGAGUUCCCAGACAGGAUCAUGAACACAUUCAGCGUGGUGCCCUCGCCCAAGGUGUCCGACACGGUGGUGGAGCCCUACAACGCCACGCUGUCCGUGCACCAGCUGGUGGAGAACACCGACGAGACCUACUGCAUCGACAACGAGGCGCUCUACGACAUCUGCUUCCGCACCCUCAAGCUGACCACGCCGACCUACGGGGACCUCAACCACCUGGUGUCGGCCACCAUGAGCGGGGUGACCACCUGCCUGCGCUUCCCGGGCCAGCUCAACGCCGACCUGCGCAAGCUGGCCGUGAACAUGGUGCCCUUCCCCCGCCUGCACUUCUUCAUGCCCGGCUUCGCCCCGCUCACCAGCCGGGGCAGCCAGCAGUACCGCGCCCUGACGGUGCCGGAGCUCACCCAGCAGAUGUUCGACGCCAAGAACAUGAUGGCCGCCUGCGACCCCCGCCACGGCCGCUACCUGACGGUGGCCGCGGUGUUCCGAGGCCGCAUGUCCAUGAAGGAGGUGGACGAGCAGAUGCUGAGCGUGCAGAGCAAGAACAGCAGCUACUUCGUGGAGUGGAUCCCCAACAACGUGAAGACGGCCGUGUGCGAUAUCCCGCCCCGUGGGCUCAAGAUGUCCUCCACCUUCAUCGGCAACAGCACGGCCAUCCAGGAGCUGUUCAAGCGCAUCUCGGAGCAGUUCACGGCCAUGUUCCGGCGCAAGGCCUUCCUGCACUGGUACACGGGCGAGGGCAUGGACGAGAUGGAGUUCACCGAGGCCGAGAGCAACAUGAACGACCUGGUGUCCGAGUACCAGCAGUACCAGGACGCCACGGCCGAGGAGGGCGAAUUCGAGGAGGAGGCAGAGGAGGAGGUGGCGUAGGGCCGCUUGGUUCACCUCGUGUAUGCACUCCACCUUGCCUGCUGACCACUGACCCCUUAGAGAACCCCCCAAACCUCCAACAACACUUCCUCUCCAAGUGUGACUCACCUCUGCCCUGCUAACCCUACAGCCUUUACUUCAUCUUGACCCUAAUAUACCUGAGAAUCCAGUGAACCUCACUUCAUCUCGGACCCCAGCCACCUUUUGACCCUGGAGCCCCACUUUACCUCUGACUCCCUUGAGCUCUUCCAGCUUCAACUCGCCUAUGGGCCCUGUUUCACCUCUGACCCUGGAAGCCCCACCUUUAGCUCCAUGAGCGCUCCUUCACCCCUGACUUCUUCACCUUUGGCCCCGCCCACAAACCCCAUUGCCUCCCCAGUCCUGCAAGCCCGGUUUACUUUUGGUCCUUCCCUCUGGGCCUCCCUUCACUUCUGCCCUCCCCUCACUUGUGACCCCAUGAGCCCUGCCUGCCCUCUGACUCCCGUGAGCCCCCGUUUCUUCCCUGAACUCACCCCCUCAGCUCCCACCCACUCUGAUUUCCUGGGGUAGUGGAUGGUGACUCCUGAGGAAGAAGCCCUAGAGCAUGUGGGCAAAGGGCUGCACCCCAACCCUCCCCACCUGCCUCCCCCUCCAUAAGUAAAUUAUUGUCCUGCCAUGUU